AUGGUUAAAGAGAGCAAGGUCCCAGUGGCCUUUGAGGAUGUGGCUGUGAACUUCAGUCUGGAGGAGUGGGCCCUAUUGGAGCCUUCACAGAAGAAACUCUACAGAGAUGUGAUGAGGGAAACCUUGAGGAACCUGGCCUCCAUAGGGGGAAAAUGGAAAGAUCCGUACUUUAAAGAUCAGUACAAAAACCAGGGAAGAAAACUAAGAAGUUAUAUGGCAGAGAAACUCGGUGAAAGUAAAGAGAAUAGUGAAUGUGAAGAAAACUUCAACUUUAUUUCAAAUUUUAAUCAAAAGAAGAAGAAGACUACUGGAGUAAAACCAUAUGAGCACAGUCCAUGUGGAAAAGCCUUUAUGUGUCAUUCAUCCAUUGAUAGACUUACUAGAUGUCACAUUGGACAAUAUGAGUACCUGAAAUACGGAGAGAAGCAAUAUAAAUGUAAGGUAUGUGGGAGAGCCUUUAGUUAUCUACAUUGCUUUGAACAACAUGAAAGAAAUCACAAUGGAGAGAAAACCUGUAAAUGUAAGGCAUGUGGGAGAGUCUUCGUGUGCUUCAAAGCCCUUCGAAAACACAUGAUAACAAACACUAUAGACUCUUCUUAUAAAUGUAAGGAACGUGGAAGAGUCUUCAGUUGUUCAAAUUCAUUUCUAUUACGUGAAAGAAUGUACACAGGAGAGAAACCCUGUGAGUGUGAACAAUGUGGGAAAGCUUUCAGUAUUUCUAGCGCUCUUCAAAUGCAUGAAAUAGCUCACAGUGGACAGAAACCCUAUGAAUGUAAGGAAUGUAGAAAAGCCUUCAGAUGUUAUCAAAGCUUUCAAACACAUAAAAGAAAUCACACUGGAGAGAAACCCUAUGAAUGUAAAAAAUGUAAUAAAGCAUUUAGUCGUCUCAGUUAUCUUCGAAAGCAUGAAAGAAUUCACGUUGUAGAAAAACCCUAUGAGUGUAAAAUAUGUAAUAAAGCAUUCAGGUAUCCUAGUUAUCUUCACAUACACGAAAGAACUCACACUGCAGAGAAACCCUAUGAAUGUAAAAUAUGUAGUAAAGCAUUUAGUUGUCUCAGUUAUCUCCAAAAACACAAAAGAACUCAUAGUGGAGAGAAACCAUAUAGAUGUAAGGAAUGUGGAAAAGCCUUCAGGUGCUAUCGAAGUCUUCAAACACAUGAAAGAAGUCACACUGGAGAGAAACCCUAUACAUGUAAAAUAUGUAGUAAAGCAUUCAGGUGUCUCAGUGAUCUUCGAAGACAUGAAAGAACUCACAAUGCAGAGAAACCCUAUGAAUGUAAAAUAUGUAGUAAAGCAUUUAGAUGUCCCCGUUAUCGUCAAACACAUGAAAGAAAUCACCCAGGAGAGAAACCCUAUGGAUGUAAAAUAUGUAGUAAAGCAUUCAUGUAUCCCAGUUAUCUUCAGAGACAUGAACGAACUCACACUACAGAGAAGCCCUAUGAAUGUAAAAUAUGUAGUAAAGCAUUUAGAUGUCUCAGUUAUCUUCAGAUGCAUGAAAGAAAUCACACAGGAAAGAAACCCUAUGGAUGUAAAGUAUGUAGUAAAGCAUUCAUGUAUUCCAGUUAUCUUCAGAGACAUGAAAGAACUCACACUGGAGAGAAACCCUAGGAAUGUAAGGAGUAUGGAAAAGCCUUCAGUUAUCACACAAGCUUCCGAAGACACCUGACAAUGCACACAGGAGAGAAACCAUAG